UCUGUUCCUCGGCCUCAGCUCAUUUAUUGCUGAUGAAUCACAAAUUCCAAGCUUUCCAUGAAAGUUUCUUCUUCAAUCUUCAGGAAGCUCUUAUUCAUCGCAAAAAGCCCAUUCAGGAAGAUUCCUAGUAAGAAUUUGUCUUCAUUUUCUUCAUGUCUUUUAGAAUCCCAACAUUUCUGCACUCAACACUCUGAAGAAUGCAACAAUCCCAUGAGUAGGAUCAAAUCCCUACUCUCAAAACGAGGCUUCGAUAUUAACCCUGAGAGUCUACACGCCGUUGAUUUGAACGAGUCGAAUUUAAUUCGGAUUUUGACUCAUUUAUUCAAUGAAAGUUCGAAUGCUGAGCUUGCUUUGCAUUUCUUCAAGUUGUCUGAGUAUUGUAUUGGAUCAUUGCAUUCGCAUAAAUCGGUUUGUAAAAUGAUACAUAUAUUAGUUUCCGGGAACAUGAACCAUAUAGCUGUCGAUUUUAUUCUGAAUUUAGUCAGAGAUAGUGUUAGCAAAGAAGUUUCGGUGGAUGUGUUGUUGAAACUCUUUUACGAGACUUAUAGUGAUAGAAUGGUUUUUCAAACCGUAUGUAGCAUGCUUGUUCAUUGUUAUAUUAGGGAAAACAAGGUUAAUUCUGCUUUUGAAUUAACAUGCCAAAUGAAGAGUUUUGACAUGUUUCCCUCGGUUGGCGUUUGUCAUUCACUGCUUAGAGCGUUGUUAGGGUUGAAUAAAUUGGAGUUGGCGUGGGAUUUUCUCGAUCAAAUGAUGAGGCAAGGGAUUCAUUUGAAUGUAUCAAUUGCUACUUUGUUUAUCGACAUGUACUGCAAAAAAGGCCACCUUUUAUGUGCUUGGAAAUUGCUGAUGGACAUGAAAAUCAACGGGAUUAAACCUGAUGUUGUUGCAUAUACUGUCAUAAUCAAUUCCCUUUGUAAGAUGUCUUGUUUAGGAGAAGCAACUUCUAUUCUGUUCAAAAUAGCGAGAUUGGGAGUUUCUCCGGAUUCAGUUUUGGUUAGUUCCGUUGCUGAAGGUUACUGUAAAGUUGGAAGACCAAUGGAAGCAAUGAAUGUUAUAAACUUCUUUAAUGUUAAACCAAAUAUUUUUGUUUACAAUAGUUUCAUCGCAAAGUUUUGUUCAGAAGGUAACAUGGUAAAAGCUUCUCUGAUCUUUCGAGAGAUGUUUGAGUUCGGGUUGCUUCCAGAUUGUGUCAGUUAUACUACUAUAAUUGGAGGCUAUUGUAAAGAUCGGGACAUGAAUAGAGCUUUUCAAUAUGUUGGGAAAAUGUUAAAAUGUGGAAUUAACCCAUCUGUGACCACGUACACUUUACUCAUUGACGCUUGCUGCAAAUCCGAAGACUUGGAAAUGGCAGAAAAUUUGUUUCAUGAGAUGAUGAAGGAAGGUUUGGUACCCGAUGUUAUUACAUUUAACACAUUAAUUGAUGGAUAUGGAAAAAUGGGUCACUUACACAAGGCUUAUAUGUUUGUGGAUAUGAUGAGAUCAGCCGGCAUUGCUCCCGAUGUUACGACCUAUAACAUUAUUAUUGAUAGCCUAAUUAAAAGAGGAUUUACGAAUGAGGCGAAAGAUAUUCUGGAUGAGCUUGUCCGAAGGGGUGUUUCUCCAGAUACAAUGACAUUUACCAAUAUCAUAGAUGGGCUAUCCAAAAAAGGGGACUUUGAGGAAGCAUUUCUUGUAUGGUUUUACAUGACUGAAUGCGAUGUGAAACCUGAUGUCUUGACUUGCAGUGCUUUACUUAACGGCUACUGCAGGAAAAGACGGAUGGCAGAAGCUAAUGCUCUGUUUGUUAGGAUGCUUGAUAUUGGGUUGAACCCGGACCUGGUAUUAUACAAUACUCUCAUUCAUGGAUUUUGUGGCAUCGGAGACAUGGACAAGGCAUGCAACUUGGUUGAAAUGAUGAUUGGAAAUGGUAUCCUACCUAAUAAAGUUACUCAUCGAGCAUUCGUCCUUGGGUUUGAGAAAAAGUGGGUCAAGAAUCCUGAAGAAAGUGCAGCUUUGAAACUGCAACAACUUCUGCUGAGACAUGAUAUCCAUUUCAAUGUCAAUGAUUGUAUAACUUUUCCAUAACUUUUCCUCUGAGGUGCAACACUGCCUCUGAGGAUUCCCUUCAGCUGUAUUAGCUGUGGUAUUGCUGGUAUGACUUGGUCUUCUUAACAGAGCUUAUCUGCAGGAUAUCAGAUGAAGAGUUAUCGGAUAUGAACUUGAUUUUUGGCAGACCCGAGUUUAAGGUAUAUGUGUUCCUUAUCUGUCCAUUAAUGCUGCUAAAUCAUAUUAUGCCAUAUCUAUGUUGCUCUGACUCUUCUUUUUGUUUAAAGCUUCUGUGUUAAGAUAUUCGGACAUGAAUAUGGGGAUACAAUGCUUUUAGUACACUUUAAAUGCAUGGAAAAACUUCAAGACAAUUGAAUAUACCCUUGUUGGACGCAUUUCUGUAUCUGCACUCGCACUCAAACCCGAGUAACAGAGUUGCACAUGCAUGCAUACAUUCAAUUUCCUGACCAAAUAACCUUUGAAUUUUCAUACAUCAUGGAGUCUUUUGAUGUUUUCAUGCAUGCAUACACAUACAUAUUCACAUUGAAUGUAUUCUUUGUUCAUAAUUUUAUCUGCUUUAGAAAACUCGAGACACCAAUGAAGAUUUAGUGAUGAGAGUAUAGUUGGCUUCAGAAAUAAAUCAUUAGCUAUUGGUUACUAUCUUUGUUGCUCUAACUCUUCAGUUUUCUUCAUGUUCCCAUGUGUGACACAUUAGGACAUGAGUAUGAGGAUGUGAAUAUGGCACUUCAAAUACACGAAAAACUUAAAAAAAGUUAAAGAUAUCUGUGUCGUAUUACGGCUGCAUGGCUGUACCUCACAAACCUGAGUCUGACUAAUGUAGGUUACUACCUUUAAUGAGGAUAUGAGCCAGAGGGAAAGAGAGGUUGUGGGACCCUCUUCUUAAAAACAUAAUCUUUUUGUAAUCAGUUCUUUUUCUUUUGUACUCAUGAAUGCUUAUAAUGUAAUUCAGGUAACUUCAGGGUGUUCAUCUUAAAAAUGCAGAUGUUCUUUAAAACUUGUUGAAGAUAUAUGGCAGCUAGUGAAAAUGGUCCUUUGAUUUGAACUCUCUGGUUCAAAAUAUGUGCUCUGAACAAUGGCAUUGCAAGUUCGAACUUGUUUGCGGUUGCUCGAGCUCUGGUUAUUUGCGGAUGCAAAGACGGAAAUUUCCAAUGGUUGAAGGGGUUUCUUAUCUUACAGUGUAUGAAGACGAGAAUGAUUUUAAUGCUAGGUUUUCGGAACAUUUUAUCAAGUUGUUUUAGUUAGUCUCAGAUAAAGGAAAACCGAACCAGCCGACCGGUUCCGUAAGGUCGAAAAUAUCGAUGGUAUAAGGGAUUUCUUAUGUUACGGUACGAAGAUGUGAACGAUUUUCGUCCAAUAAGGUUUUUGGAAUGUGCUAGUGAGUACAGUUGUCUUGUUUCACCGGUGAAAAUAGCCGGCGGGAUCGGACGUACAGAUCGGUUCAAUCGGGAAGCAAUGUAUCUGACAGUAGGAUUAAUAUUUGAUGUAUCUGAUAAUAUACAAUUCUAUGUACCCGUCGAUAAAUUAUAUGAUGAUACAACCUCAUAGAGGUAAUUUCACCGUAAAUGUUAGUUUGAUAUUACUUUUGGAAAAUAUUGAAGAAGAACUACUUUUUGAA